AUGACUUCGCGUAUAAACUUUCAGAAUCAAGUGAAGGAGGUCGAAGAGAUUGUUUUGCGCUGCCCGGGUAAAACGGUUGUGACUAGGAUAUUGAUUGGUCAUGAAGGUGGUCCGGAAGCUGGAAGGCAUCUCCACACGAACUUGGAAAAAGAGCGUCCAAGAAGGAAAGAAAAGGAGAUAUUGGAGUGGGUGCAAAUGCGAGAAGACGGCAAGCGAAUUGAUUAG